AUGAACAGCACUUACUUUCAGCCGUUACAAAUCAAAACGGUCGUCGUGAAGGAGGGUUUGAAGGGUAUCAUCUACAUAGAAGCGCUGAAACAAUCACAUGUGGCGAAUGCAAUCCAAGGAAUAUCAGCGUUGAACAAUUACACAAUAACGAUGGUACCAAUCAAAGAGAUGUGUGACACGUUAAGAGUUGUCAAAGACAUUCCCACACUCAAAAGUGGCAUGUAUGUUCGAAUGAAACGUACCAUGUACAAGGACGAUCUGGCACAAAUUGAUUGGGUUGAUAUAGCGCAUAAUAAGGUGUAUUUGAAACUUGUACCGCGUAUCGAUUACACGAGAAUGCGUGGCGCCCUCAGAGCACCGGAUGAACCAAGAUUUGUGAAGAUGAAGCGACGCCCUCAGGCUCGGUUGUUCGAUGUUGAGCGCAUCAAGUAUGUUUGCUGA